AUGCCAUUGAUCAUGGAGGGGGGCAUCGAUGUUGAUGAUCUCUUUGGCGAAUCCAGCUCCCUGGGCUUGGGGCUGCCACCCCCCGUGUCCGUGCCCAUGUCCAUGCCGAUGCCCGCCAAAGGCCUCGCCCAGUGCCUCGAUGAGAUGCGUCUCCUAGGAUCUCGCCAGAAGAUUACCUGGUCUCGCCUUGGUUGUGUCGCUUACAUCUCCCCAGAUGGCACUCGGGUCAGUGUCCGCCAUCUUCAGUGCCGUCCUUCGGAUGGCAAGUGGGUGCUUGGCGGGGAGUCAUUUUUGGCUACCGUCACAGAAGCCCAUAAUGGUAACCGGCUUGUCCAUCUCUCUUGCAACGAGACCGGCUCCGAGCUCGCUGUCGUCGACUGUCUCGGCCGGGUCUCCAUCUACUCCAUCUCGAUGGCUCUGAACAGUAUCACUGGACUGCGGCAAGCAAUGCUUGACUCCAGUGACGACAGCAACCAGGUUGUUGGUAUGAUGUGGCUCAAUACAACCCGCUCUGUCCAUGCCUUCCAUCAGGCUACCAAAGUCAGUGGUCGAUGGACAUAUUCGCCGUUCCGCCGGCGUCCAAUUGGUCCCUUUCACCCCGCCAACAAAGGCGCAUUGAUCUGUGUGACCCGAGCGGGCCAGAUGCGGCUCAUCUAUCAGAACCCAGACAGCAAAUGGGCAGAACUGCCGGCCGAGUUGAAGAACACCGGCUACUCAGAUAGACUGCUAACGCACGCGUCCAUGGUCGCAACUCAGGCUGGAAUUCUGGUCGCUACAUACUCAGUCUGCCAAAAGCUUUGCUUAUACCGAGUACAAGUUAACUGGAACCCACCACAAUGGGACCCAACGCAGGCCAAACAUCCAAAUCAAUUCCCUCUACCUUCCUUUCGUAUCCUUCAGUGCAAAGUGGACAUGCCUAGUCCCUUCCUGAACAUCGACAGAGGAGUCGAUGAGCAAAUGGCCCAGUCACUGCCAUUUCCAAACACUGUAUACUCAUUAACAAGAUUGGAGAUCAUGUCGGGUCAAGUCGACGGUCAACAAGGAUCCACUUCCAGCCCGUGGAUCCUGGCUGUCUUCUCUAAACCUCUUCAUGCCACACCUGAUUACCCGGAUCAACAAGGGCCGCCAAGUGUGAUUGUCCGGUGGCACCUCGAAUCAGCACCGCAAGCCUUCCAUCCCAAAUUUGACGAAGUUCCGUCGAAGAAAAGCAAUUUUCAACCUAAGUCCAAAAUGGAGCUCCGUCGAUUGGAAGACAUCCAUUGUGAUCGAUAUAUCAUCUCUGUGGAUAUGGUAGAACACGGUACCGCUCUUGCCGUCACACACGAUGACAGUUCAAUCUCUUUCUACGACACAAGGGGUAUGACGAUAUUUAAUGGGUUGGAUGACGGGAGUACCGUGACCUGUCUGGCCCAGGCUGGGUAUCAGUAUCCCAUGGAGACGCCAGGAAUUGCUAUCAGCUUUUCGCCGAAUUCCUGCGCAGCAGUUUCUCUGAACUCCGAGGGACAACCACAACUACGAUUAAUGGAGCACUCCUUUGGGUCUGCUGGGGGUUUAUACGAUGAGAGUAAAUUCUCCUCUGCCAUUGCGGCCCUUACACUCGCCUUCAGCCGCGGCUGUGGAGCAGACGUCAAUACGGAUGAUAUUCUCAUGGUCGCCCUGAGGCAGCUCUCAGCAGACGGCCAAGCGACACUGAUCACCGAAACGUUUCGCGCAUUGCCGGUCAACUGCAACUUCACCGUUGAUCAAGAAAAACUCAUGACCCAUCCUUAUAUACCCAAGUGCUUGAGCCUACAGGCUGCUCUGGGAUACAAUGGGAGAUUAAAACGACGCACACUCGCAUCCUCUGUGCCCUGGGCAGUCAUUCAACUCCGCCACGCCUCGGUUCUCUUCGCAUUCUUCUUCCAACACACCAAAGGAUCACCAAAUGAAGCCUACGAUCCAGAAAUUCUCCGCAUGAUUCUAGGCAACGCAAAGUGGACACUCGAUUUCUCCCACUUCGUCCUGAGCGAGAUCUUGGAUUUAGCCGCUGACUUCGAGGAUGUCUUCAAUGACCAGGAAGCAUUUACUCAGAAGCUUAAAUCAACAACCUCUAUCCCCCUCCUCACCCUCCUCUCUAGCAUGUCCCGUGCCUUCCUACGCUUCAUAUGCCGCGGCCUCCGAGGUGUACACGCCGGCUUCGCAAACACAAACCCAGCAACCCUAUCCAACGAUUCAAGAAUCUACUACACAGAGAUCUGCCAAGUCCUCGAAAACUCACCCGUGAGGAUAGACGUUUACGAAAAGUUCCUCGCAGGCGUAGACUCCGCCGUGAAACACGCCUACCAAGGCGCCGGCUUCGGCGACGCCGAACGCCCAGGCCCAGAAAAAGAACUUCUCGUCAGCGCGCGAAUCCCACCAGUCCUAAUCAGUGCCGUAGCAACACUCCUCCGCCAAACCGUUCCAACGCUCAAAGCAGAAAUCAAUCGCAAAGACAUCCUGCUGAACGAUUACAGCUGGAUUGGAUUUGGGACCGAUGCGCGGACAGCGCUGUAUCGACGCCAGCGUGAUGUGGAUAUUCUUAAGAAAGUUCCUCUCAGACCGCCGCUCGCGGUGGGGAGGGAUGGGAAGAUUCUUCAGGCGCAGAAGAGGAGGAGGUGUGUGAGGUGUUGUGAGGUUUCGGGGGAUACGUCGUUGCCGAGGUCGUUGCCUUAUUUUAAGAUGCUUGUUAAGUUGAAUCUUCUUCGGGCUUGUCCUUGUGGGGGGAUGUGGAUGUUGGAAACUGAGGCUGGUGCUGCGGUUCCAGGGGCUUCUGUUGGGGGUGGUUCGUCGUUGCAGGGGGCGAGGACACCUGCUGUCAUGGGAUCGGGCUAG